CAGCCUCUAUCAGCCCACGAAUUCCUUCAUAUUCAUCUGCCAGUAAACCCAAAGCAUCACUGAACAUUAACAGUGCAAAACAGCAAUAUGCAUAUCGAUUAUAUCCGCUCUCAGAUCUAAAGUGGAGUCUCCCCUGACUACCUGCAUUGGGACAGCGUCGCCGUGUGGCCGGAGGCUGGAAACUGUUGCCACAGAGCAAAUUGAGACAGAAAAAUGGCGGAGCUCAGGAAAAUCUGUCCUGAGUCUUUGCCCUGUCGUGUCAACAAUUCACGAAAACCGUCAUUUCAGGGGAAGCUUUUCAUCCUUCUUUGCAUACUCAUAGUGGACUCCGGCGGAGCUACGACCCACUGGGUUGUCACGGAGGAUGGAAAAAUUCAACAACAAGUUGACUCACCUUUGAAUCUGAAGCAUCCACAUGACGUUGUGAUCUUCAUGAGGCAAGAGACUCGUGUUAACUACCUCAAGAAACUGGAGAAGCAGCUAGUGGCGCAGAAGAUUCACAUUGAGGAGAACGAGGACAGAGACACAGGGCUGGAGCAGAGACACUACAAAGAGGAUGCAGACUGUGUCAUGGCUAAAGUACCCCUGGGAGACCUGGACCUGUAUGAUGGCACUUAUAUCUCUCUGGAAAGCAAAGACAUCAGCCCUGAAGACUAUGUGGAUUCCCGGUCAGCUAUGCCCCCAGAUCUGGAAAAGCCUGACUGUGCGAAAGUGUUUGAACUACCUUAUAGUGUCCAUGCUUUCCAGCAUCUCAGGGGUGUGCAGGAGAGGGCAAACUUGACCUCCCCACUGCUUUCUAAGGAGGAUCCAAUUUUUAGUUCAUUGUCUCAUAAGCUGGGCCGCAGUGUUGACGAGGUGGGCCAUCGCGUCCAUCAAGGCUUACUGAGGAACUCAUCGUCCUGGGUGCUGUACAACAUGGCGUCAUUUUAUUGGCGUAUGAAGAACGAGCCUCAGAAGGCAGUGGACUGUGUGGUGCGGGCUCUGCAUUUCUCCCCAAGGCAGCAGAAGGAUGUAGCCUUGGUCAACAUGGCCAACAUCCUGCACCGUGCCCAUUUCUCAGCAGAUGCUGCUAUCCUUGCCCACGCUGCCCUGGACCUGACCUCGGAUCUGUUUACCAGCCACUACACCUUAGGCAACAUUUAUGCUAUGCUUGGGGAAUACAACCACUCAGUCCUGUGUUACGAGCAGGCACUGCAGGCCCAGCCAGGCUUCGAGCAGGCCCUGAGGAGGAAACAUGCUGUGCUCUGUCAGCAAAAGCUGGAGCAGCGCCUGGAAGCCCAGCACAGAUCCCUGCAGCGGACACUGAAUGAGCUGAAGGAGUACCAGAAGCAGCAUGACCACUACCUUCGCCAGCAGGAGGCACUGGACAAACACAAGCUGCUGCAGGAAGAGCAAAUCCUCCGCAACAUUAUCCACGAGACCCAGAUGGCCAAGGAAGCCCAGCUUGGGAACCAUCAGAUGUGUCGGCUGGGUCAGCAGCAGCGCAGCCUCUACUGCCCCUUUGACUUGCCUGUGCGCUAUCACCGUGGCGAUCUGUUUGAACAUGUCCACUAUGUCCAAUUUGGGGAGGAGGUGUCAGUGGCAUCCAGUGUGGCACUUGUGUCAGAGCGCAACUCAAACCAGACUGCAGCAAGCCCCCAGCUCCACCCCUCUGUUUCUGGAGACCAGGACCCUGCUGCUGCUCUCUGGGGCAGCCAUCAGGAUUACACACAGGACAUACAGAGGAUGUUGUGGCCUCAGAGGAGUGACUGUGCCAAUGAGUACCCAAGUGUCCCCCCUGCUCACCUGCUGCCAACCUACUACCUUCCACCUGAAACACAGGGCCUCAGCCCAGUAGCAACUCUCCUUUAUGGGAGCAACAGUUCUCCUCAGGCGGUAGCUCUGCCAAACUGUGGUCCCGUCCCCCAACCAUAUCCAGCCCUCCUGCCUGCCUCACUCGACUGGCCUCUGGAAGAAAAGGAGCUGCCAGAUCCCUCUGCCUCCCAGAUACUGCAGUCACGCAGUGGAGGUUGGACACUGGAGCAAAUUGGCUCCAGAAUAGCUGAAGCUAUGAAACAAGCCAAUGUACCCCGCUGGCAGAUCCACAAUGAGGCAGCUCUAUUCUGGCGGGCCAAAGGCAAUGGCAGCCGUGCCCUGCAGUGCCUGCGCCAAGUGUUGAGCUCAGCCCCACCAUCCCACCGCCAAUUGUCUCUCACCAACGCCGCUAACCUGCUGCUGCAUCACGGCUUGACCACCCACGCACAAACACUGCUGGAGCAAGCAUUGGCUCUCAAUGAAUCGGAGCCCCACACCCUGCUCAGCCUGGUGAGCGUGCAGUUGGCCCAGGGCAAUGUGACAGGUGCUCUGGCCUUGUUCCGCCACAUCCUGGUGACAGCCCUUUCCUCCUCCUCUUCCUUCUCAUCCCUUGCUGGCUGUGAACAGUGUCGCACCAGCCUACCUCUGCUGCGUUGUCUGCAAUUUUACCCCUUCCUUUACAAUCUUUCACACCGACAGCCCUGCUCACAGGGUGCUGCCUGCGUGGCUGAGGAGGACCUCGGGAUACAGCUGGAGGAAUGGGAGGGCAGCGAAGAGAAGCAGGAUGCGCCAGCCAUUUCUGCCAUGGAGGACUCCUUGCUCUUUGAGAAGGUUAUCUUGGACAGUAAUGGAUCAGGUGAGGCAGCUGGACAGCAGCAGGCUUCUCCCUCUGCCUCAGGAACAGCUAAAAUGGCCACCCCAUUUGGUGGUGGAGGUGGAGUGGAAGGGGAAGAGGAGUGGCAGCUGAAGGAGGACCUCAUGGGAGCUUUUGAGGGAGCACUGGAUGUUGGAGGCAAACGAGGGGACCUGCGAGGUAUCCGGGUGCUGAAGAAUGACCGCGUCAUGGGCGCCCGUGCCGGCGGUGGGCCCUGCUUCGGAAACUGUGAGGACGACGAGGGAGCUGAGUGGAUCACCUUCCAGGUAAAGCGGGUCAGGAAGGCUAAGGUGGAUGGGACAGACAGUGUUGCCAGCUCUGAUGACAGCCAGAUUGGGGAGUCACUGCCUGGAGGACACUCUGUCUUGGAGAUAAGCGGGCCAACUAUCCCAUCGCCUGGCCCUUCAGGUCGCUGGAAGGACUACACAAGUCUUGGUUGGCCAGGGCCUGAGGAGUGCCAGCGGACACGAAGGGUUGACCUCACCACUGUAGCUAGCACCUGGUUGGCUGUAUCUGCCAAGAACAUUGACAUCACAGAGCACAUAGACUUUGCCACUCCGCUCCAGGAGCCAGCUGCUGAACCUUUAUGCAACGCCAACCUAGCUGCCAGUAUGCACACCCUCGACCACCUGGCAGGGGUGGCCAAUCGUGCCGCCAUCCACUACACUGGAGAGAGUCAACUCCGUGAGGUCCUGCAGAAUCUCGGCAAAGAUAAGUUCUCCCCUCAAUCCUUUGAGCAGGUGGGCACACGCAUCGCUAAAGUACUGGAGAAGAAUCAGACAUCAUGGGUAUUAUCCAGCAUGGCUGCACUGUACUGGAGGGUGAAAGGUCAAGGCAAGAGAGCCAUUGACUGCCUGCGACAGGCCCUUAACUACGCCCCCCAUCACAUGAAGGAUGUGCCCCUGAUCAGCCUGGCCAACAUCUUCCAGAACGCUCGACUGUGGGAGGAUGCUCUUACCGUCGCCCGCAUGGCAGUAGAAAUUGCCCCACACUUUGUCGUGAACCACUUUACCCUCGCUAAUGUCUAUAUAGCAAUGGAGGAGUUUGAGAAAGCCAUGCGCUGGUACGAGUCUACUUUGAAGCUGCAGCCAGAGUUCGCCCCUGCCAAAGAUCGACUGAGAACCAUUCAGUGUUACCUGCUCACCAAGAGGGAACGCCGUCAGCCCUAAACCACUGAACCAGUUGGAUCCCAGGAGUACCCUGCAACCAUGCACACACCUGAUAAAGAACACUCAGACACACACACACACACACUCACACAGACACGCACUCAUCUGAAGACCACAGAGACCUUGCAUAAAAUAAGUGCAAGAAAUCUGAAUGUGGUUAAAGAUGAGGUAUCAAAAAUUGAAACGUCACAGAGUUCAACUGUAGAUAAUUUUCCCCUACAACUUAUCUUUCAAAUGCAGGACCUCUUAUCUAACAUUCAAGAAGUUAUGACUGUCAAAGUCAGUUUUUUUUUUUAGGUUAACUUUAAUUGCAAAAAUGAACAGGGGAUAAAACAGAAUAAGGCUCUCAAGUUCCAGGUAAUUCUUCUGCAAUAUUUUGAUUGCUAAUUGGAAGAACACUGUCUUUUUAGCAUAUUGGUAUGAAGAGGUGGCAUCAAGGAGUUUCUUGUGCCUGAAGAUGGUGCCAUAUUUUAAUGUAACUUAAUUGGAAAUUUCAAGUGAAAAGGAUGUUAUCUUUUGUUGUCUUUUGCUCAGAUGGUAAGGAAUGUGCCUCUCAACCGAGAGGUUAAAUGAGUUCGAAUUGAACACUAUAUACCCUCAUUAUUUCUGCUUCAUAAAAUGGAUGGGAAUUCUCAGUUUUUGCACUUUUUUCUAUAUCAUUCCUAUUUAUAUGGGACCUACAAACUGUUUGAUUUUGCUCCAAGGUAAUUUAAAUACAAAAGAAAGAAACUGAAAUAUGCUAUUACAUUUGCUUCUUAACUUAUGGAAAUCAUAAGGCAGAAAAAGGAUUUGCCAUUGACCAUCUAUAAAAAAAACCUCUUAAAGUGGAAUCUGUAUUAAAUGUACAGUAUUAAAGGCAGUGUGUGGAUUUCAUCA